CUUCAGAGCCAUUUUUUGGAACCAAGGCGUUGCACGCAGCUUUAAAACCGGCUGUUUAAGAGCACGUGCCGCAGGAACGAGUCUACAGCAGUGCAGCUCUUUCCCACACGAUGCGGCGAAUCGCCUGGGCUUACGAGGCGGCCGCCACUCCUCCCACCUACUGUCGAGAUGGCGAGCAUCCCCAAACCUGUUUUUUCUCUCGGCGCCGGUGCGGAACGAGCUGUGCCAAUGCGGCGGGAGCUGCUCUGAAGAAAAAACUAAUUACACCUGUGUGAACAGCGGCACUUCGGCAGCCCGGGCCGCCGCAGGGGCCGGGAGUGCGGGCAGCCGCCCCCGCACCACCGCCGCCGCAUAAACGCCUCCAGCCCGUCAGAGGCGGCUGCUCCCGGGCCGCGGGCGCCGCUCCCGCCCUCACCUGCUGCCGGGCAGAGCCGGGGGCGGGGGACGUGGCGCUCACCUGCCCCGGGCCGGGGAGCCGCGGGGCGGAGCAGCCGCGCUCGGCGAGCAGGAGGAGACAUGGCGGAGGCCGCGGGCAGGAGCGGCGGGCGCCGGCGGCCCGCAGCUACUGCUCAGGGAGCAUCUGCCAACUACCAGGGCAGCAUAUCUGCUACACAGGAACGGCUCUGCAGCAAGGGCUUUAAAGGACGAAGGUUGCUUCAAAAUGGUCUGUGGAUAGGAGCUGACUGCUCUCAGGCUGCUUGCACUUUGGAAGCCAGCAGCAACACACAAGCAACUGAAGGUUCUGAAACACAAGAUAAGAAAAUUACUUCAGGACAAAGCAACACUGGAAAUAAACCAGAUCAUCCAACAGUACUAAAGGUUGAUGACAGGCAACGGCUUGCCAGAGAACGGAGAGAAGAGCGAGAAAAACAGCUAGCUGCAAGAGAAUCUGUCUGGCUAGAAAGAGAAGAGAGAGCACGGCAACAUUAUGAAAAACACCUAGAGGAACGCAGAAAGAAGCUAGAAGAGCAGAGACUAAAGGAAGAGAGAAGGCGAGCUGCUGUAGAGGAGAAGCGAAGGCAGAAACUAGAAGAAGAGAAGGAACGACAUGAAGCUGUUGUGCGUCGCACAAUUGAAAGAAGCCAGAAGCCAAAACAAAGGCAAAACAGGUGGUCCUGGGGAGGAGCACUACACAACCGCAUUAAUAACACAGAUCGAGACAGGCGGUCUGUUUCAACAAUGAACCUUUCGAAACAUGUUGAUCCAGUCAUAAACAAGCGGCUCUCCUCCUCAUCUGCAACAUUACUAAAUUCUCCAGACAGAGCUCGCCGUCUUCAGCUCAGCCCAUGGGAGAGCAGCAUUGUUAGCAGGCUCCUGACGCCCACACACUCAUUCCUGGCUCGGAGUAAAAGCACAGCUGCAUUGUCUGGAGAUGCAGUUAUCCCCGUUUGUCCCCGUUCAGCAUCUUGCAGCCCCCUCAGUCCUCUGUCCUACAAGGCCCUGAACUGUAGGAAUUCAGGAGAACGAGCAAAACUUUAUGCUUCCACUGAUGCCGUUGGACGUCGGAGAACAACACACCUUGCAGGGACUGACAAAAGAGAAAAGGACCAUUUUUCAUCCAGCUUCUCAGCCAACUUUAAAGGAGGUCAUUUUACUUCCAACCUCAAAGCUAGAUCAUCAGCUCCCUCUCCAGUUUGGCAUGCGUCAAAGUCUUUGCCUUUUUUGCCUGGCACACCCAAGCAGAUAACUUCCCCACCUGGUUCCUCCAAAGUUUCCUCUGCUCAGACACGUCCUCCCUCUCCUGGCAACAUCCGGCCAGUCAAAAAAGAGAUCAAACCAGAAGGUGAGAAGAAAAGACCAGAAAAGGAGGCUGAAAAGGCCAAAGAGGUGAGGACAGAAGAGAGUAAAGGAACUUCAGCAGGUGCUGGAGAACCCGCAAGUCAGGAACAGCUCACUGUCCAAGCAGAGCUAACUGAAGCAGCCAGCUCAUCCCUACCUCCUGCUCCAUCACCUCCUUCUCCAGCCACAGCACUGCCCAAGCCCUCAGCAGGUACAACUGACCCUGAAGAAGCAACAAGGCUGCUGACUGAAAAGAGGCGCCUUGCCCGUGAGCAGCGGGAACGGGAGGAGCAGGAAAGGAGGGAAAGAGAAGAGCUUGAAAGACAAAAGAAAGAAGAGUUGUCACAGAGGAUAGCUGAAGAAAGAGCUCGCCGAGAAGAGGAGGAAGCUCGCAGACAAGAAGCAGAAAAACAAAGGAAGGAUGCAGAGGAGCGGGAAAAGGAAGAACGGCUGCGCCGCCAGGCAGAAGAAAGAGAGCAGAAGGAGAAAGAAGAGAUGGAGCGCAUUCAGAAACAAAAAGAAGAGGAAGCUCGCCUGCGGGAAGAGGCUGAGAGGAUUCGAUUAGAACGUGAAAAGCAUUUCCAAAGAGAAGAGCAAGAGCGCUUGGAAAGGAAGAAGAGGCUUGAGGAGAUCAUGAAGAGAACUAGGCGUGUAGAAGCUGUAGAUAAGAAAUCCAAUGACCAGCAAAAUGGACAUAUAUCAAAGGCAAAUAUUACUGGAGAAGCAGUUGCAGGCAGUCCUGCAUCUCCCUCGGAGCCGGCAGCAGGGCCUCAGCUGCAGCACGCAGUGCCACCUCCGCACAAUGGGACACUGGCCGCCUGCAUGCACGGGGGGGUUCCACACCAGCCCCCCGCAAACGUGGACAGCAAUCUCAAUCCAGAGGAAAAUGCAAAUGAAAAUGGAAUGUCUAUGCAGAAUGAUAACUUUGAAGAGAUCAUGAACCUGCCUAUUGGUUCUAAACCAUCCCGGCUGGAUGCUAUGAACAAUGAUGGAAGCAACAGUCCCGAAAUUCCUUUGAAUCCAAUUCUAGCCUUUGAAGAUAAGGGGACUCUUUUGCCUCAGGUAGAUAGUGUUCAAACACAUCAAACAGCAGAAGUGAUCUGAUUGUUUCUUCUGAAGAACCAAAGGUGACAUGAGCAUCUCUGCAGUCAGUGGAGUUUCUUCCAUGCUAUGAAGGAGUAUUUUAUUUUUUCUCUCCAGUUUUUUAAAGAUUUCUUGACUAUCUUUUUUGGAAGGACUUUAGUAAAACCAGCAGAAGAAAUGAGGGGAAUAGACUUGGAUCACCAUUCUAAUAGCUUUCAUCACUAGAAAAAUCAUGCUUCACGUGCGUUACUUAAUAUGGCUGUUUCCAACAAGCUUUUUUUUGUUAGUAAAUGAAUAUUUCUGCAUUUCUUAAGACACAAGACACUGGAAUCUGAAAGUAACGGGCUGAUUUGGGUGGUGGGACUGAUUCUUUGUUGCUUUUAAAAAAGGUGGGUGUUGGUUUAAAAGGCAUAAUUGUAAAAUUGGCAAAGAAUCUUUUACACUUUAUGGUUCUAAUACUUGAAAAAUAAAUGCCUCAUUGCUCUACAAGUAGAGUUAAUGGGGUGUUUUAUUUAAACCUGUUGGUUUAAAUGUUAUUGCAGAGAACUCUAAUUAUGGGGGCAAACUAUAGGCUUCUGUAUCAGGUUCUUGUAAAUGUAAUUCCUACAGGGACAUUCUGUAAAUUGAGAUGUCACUAUGAUCUCACAUUUUCUCUAAAAACACAAAACAAGAAAGGUUUUAAAAUGUGAAAAUUUGAAAGCAUUAUUUUUUCAUGGACAAGAGGAUAACCUAUUGUUCUCCUAGAUUAUGUAUUUAUGAAUUUUGCUCAGUACAGAAAUAAAUAAUUUGAUUGAAUAAAUUAGACAAAUGUGGUAAAAAAGAUACUGCAAACUUGAUUUUUUUAGUUACAUCCAUAUUCACAAUACUAUAAAAGAUGGGUAUGCAUAUGUGCACACACGUGUGCACACACAUACAAGGAAAUACCUUGUUCUGAGUCCUGUAAAUUGCUGCUGUUCCCAAUGAUGGAAGACUUUGCCUUAUCAGACUUUUGAAGACUGUGUGAAACCUGGGAUAUUUGAGUUUUGGAUGAUGAUGCAGGUUCAGGGAUUUUUGGGGUUUGCUCGUUUCAGAGCAAAUGGAAAAUAGUCAUUGUUUGUGCUUUUUUUAUGUAGUGUGUGGUUUUUAUAAAGCAGUGCAGUUUGAGUGAUAAGCGGAGCGAUUCAGGUUGCUUUCUCCUUAGUUUGAUGCUGAUUUCUACUGUCAUUCAUUGUUCCACCUCACACUUUUGGUUGCUGUUGUGCAGAACUGUAAAAUCUUGCACGUUUUUGUGCUUUGCUAAACAAUGCUGUCGGAGGCAGAGCUCGCUCUGGGUGUUGGAGUUUGCAGUAUCGCGGAAGGCGUGAGGCAUUGCUCUCUGAAUCAGUGAGAAGAUCCUUGGGUAGGGGAAACGGAGGUUCAUGGGCUCUCAGCUCCUGCUGACAGAGAAUUUACCACUAAGAUUCCUGCACUUGCCUUUAGUGAGCAUUGAGCAAGGCCUCUAGAAAGCUGUGCAGAAAGUCUGUGCUAGCAGAAGAAAUCCUCUGAGACAAAAGCUGAAGAAUUUUUGAAGAAAUUUCUGCUGCUGCCAAGUGUUCAUCUUAUAGAGGAGAUGAGAUAAAAGCAAUGGAACUAAAAUGAAAGAGACUUCAUCUGCCAGAAUAUUUAUGGAAGGGAAAAACAGCCAUUCAGUCAGUGCUUUCAAUAGUAACUUGUGACACAGUAAAAUGAAUUGAGUUCCUUUCUGGCUUUCUUUAGUUUUCCAUGUACAUAGCCACAAUAUUUUGAAGUGUCCAAAAUAUGUAGUUUUUCUUUAAAACUAUAUAUAGCAUGUAAGUACCAAAUAAAACUUGUUUGAAAUA